AUGGAAGAAGUCGAAGAGCCCGAAAUGUCCGAGUACGAGAAGUUCCGGGCACAAAACCUCCAAAGGAACUUGGAGGUGCUCAAGAUGUUAGGCAUCGAAGCCGAAACUUUCCAGCCUGCUAUGAGGUCCCCGGACAAGGACGACAGCUCAGAUGGCCUCCAGGGCGGCACGCGAAGGAAGUCUGCGAGGCUAAGAGGCCUGACGGUGGAUGGAUCCGAGCUCGUCGAGGAGAUGCGAGAGUUAUCAGAGAGGAAGCGUCAGAAGCAGGAGAUGAAAGUCAAGCAUUACAAAGAAGCAGAGCAGCUGAUUGAAGAAUUCGAGAUCUCGGAUCGCAAACAAAAGAGCCUCUUUCAGCACACCGUGCACAGGAUUCGUACAAUGUCAGAAAAGCAGCUCAGGACCAGGAUCAAAGUCAUAGAAAAUGCGAGAGGAUCGCAAGCACUGCUCAAGAUGAAACUUUUUGCCAUCGCUCUCAAGUGUGAAGAUUACCCAGAGCUCUCGCAGGAGGCGGAAGAUUCAUACCAGCGCCUAGUCGAGGUCCUAGGAAGGCCUGCUUGGGAAGGCAGUCUGAUGUUUGGGACCGAAGAGGAUAUCGUUGAGCUUAGUUGA